AUGGUGGCCUCGUCCUCAUCGUUGUCCGUGUACUCCUCGGACUCCUCGUUGUCUUCGUCUGCGUCUCGCCGCCGACAUCGUCGCCACCAACGUAGUCGCCGAGGCAAAGACAAAGAUAAAGACAGAGAUUCCCUGAAGAUCCGUAAAAAGACCAUUCGCUCCCACACUAAACGACGUCGCAGACACCGCCACCACUCCUCGUCUGAUUCUUACUCUUCCUCCUCUCCUUCGGACUAUUCCAGUGAUAGUUCUUCAGACAGUGAGCGUGAAACAUCUAGUCAGUCAAAGAAGCGCAAGAAGAGUGACAGACAGAAGAAGAGCAAGGAAAAGGACCAGAGCAAGAGUCAUCGCCGUAAACAUCAUAGGAGUAAACUCAAAGAGAAGCAGCAGAAUGAGAGAAAUAGCAGCCCUGUUCAGCUUUCCAAGUUCUUAGGGCGUGACAAAGAUGAUGGAGUUCGUCGUAGUGCUGUCUCUGGCAAAAAGAUUCUAUUGAAACUUGAGAAGACAAAGGAGGACAAAGCGGCUGAAAACAAAAGGAAUGAACUGCUGAAGUUCUUAAAUGCUAGUUUUGAUUGA